UGUAGUAUAUAAAAUCAACGGCUGAAGAACCGUAAUAUAGGAAAGUCCCGACUCCGUCCCUUGUUAAAGCCUGAAACUAUAUUUCCCCAAUCAUCAUCUCAAAAACCCCAAUAUCGGCUUAGGGCACCCAAUCGAAAAUUUUUUCUCAGUAUUGUUAGUUCGGUAGAGUGAAUUGAUAAUUUGAUUUGAAAGAUGGGAGAAAGAAAAGUGUUGAACAAGUAUUACCCGCCGGACUUCGAUCCGUCGAAGCUUCCGAGGGUCCGGCGACCCAAGAACCAACAGAUGAAGGUUCGAAUGAUGCUUCCGAUGAGCAUCCGUUGCAAUACCUGUGGUAAUUACAUCUACAAAGGCACCAAGUUCAAUUCCCGCAAAGAAGAUGUCAUCGGUGAGACAUAUUUGGGAAUCCAAAUAUUUAGGUUUUAUUUCAAAUGCACCAAGUGUUCUGCUGAGAUUACAAUGACGACUGAUCCACAAAAUUCAGAUUAUGUUGUUGAAUCGGGUGCGACUAGAAAUUUUGAACCUUGGCGUGCUGAGGAUGAGGAAGCAGAGAAGGAGAGACAGAAAAGAGAAUCUGAAGAAAUGGGGGAUGCAAUGAAAUCUUUGGAGAACAGAACGUUGGAUUCAAAAAGAGAGAUGGACAUCCUUGCUGCACUUGAUGAAAUGAAGUCUAUGAAGUCCAGACAUGCUACUGUGAGUGUAGAUGCAAUGCUUGAGGUCUUGCAGCGCACUGCUGCAGAAAAGGAGAAGAAAAUAGAAGAAGAAGAUGAAGCCCUUGUAAAAUCAAUUUUCCAGCCAAAGGAAAUUGUUAGAAGGAUUUCAGAUGAAGUUUUUGAUGAUAAUGAGGAUUUGACCCAUUUAUCAAGUGGCAAUGAUGAAACCUCAAAUCAUGGCUUAAAGAGGAGAAAGGUGUCCGAAGAAGUGUCAAGUAACCCUACAGAUGCUUUGACAAAAGCCAGUUCUCUUGACGGCCCCAGCAGCAAAGAAACUUCAAGUGAGUCGGGGAAUCGUCAAGCUAAAGCUCCUUUCAAGCCUUCAAUCACGAUCUCUGUUGUCAAGAAACCAGUCCUAGCUGCGAAUGGUAACGUUCCAGGACAAUCAGAAGAGAAAUUUGCUAACAAUACAAGCACUGGACUUCAAUCUCUAUGUCAAAACUAUGAAAGUGAUGAUGAUUAGUUUAGUUUCUUAUCAUAUUCCUGUAUUUUAAAAACUUAUUUUUCAAAUGCUAGUAUGCUUGGCUUUAACUUUAAGCCGUUUAAAAGAUUGGACCAAAUUAGAUUUUAUAAUUUGUGUAUUUAUACCAUGUCAAAUAUGCAUAAAAUAUGAAAAUUAUCUAAUCAUA